CCUCCAUCCUCACCGUCGUCUUCCGUCCAGAUACUUGUAUUAGAUGGUCUCUUUUCCUCAUAUGCCUUUCAGUUCUACAGAUUAAGUUAAAUAGACUACUGCCCCCUCGUCGCUGAGCCGUCGUUUUCCAGCAGCCCCGCCGAUGGUUUGGCGAGGCAGCCGCCUGGCCUAGCACAACGCCAAAAUGGCCAUGGAGCGCACUCGCAUCGCGAAGGUUGACGACGUGACCCUCUCGCGGCGAGGAACCCAGGUCAACGGAACGUUGCAUCUGACACCUCACCACCUCAUCUUUGUCCACGCCGCUCCUCCCAGCGCUGACGGCAAGCCUAGUCGACCCCGAGAAAAUUGGAUAACAUACCCCAUCAUUCACUUCUGUACUUUCCGACCGAGUCCUACCGCCUCCAGACAACCCUCGUCCAUCCGCCUGCGCUGCCGCGACUUCACGUUUUAUUGCUUCUACUUCAAUGAUGAUCGGAAAGCUAGGGAUGUCUACGACAGUGUCAAAGCGUGGACAUGCAAGCUGAGCGGGAUCGAAAAACUAUAUGCGUUUUCAUAUCAUCCUACUGGACCCGAAAAAGAUGUGGGCGGCAAAGGCUGGUCUCUGUAUGACCCCAUGCGGGAGUGGAGGAGAAUGGGUCUCGGUGAUGAGAGCCGUAAGACCAACUGGAGGAUCUCCACCAUCAACAAGGACUAUAGCUUCUCUCCGACAUACCCUUCCGUCCUCGCCGUCCCGGCGAACAUCUCAGAUAACACUCUGAACUAUGCAGGGCGAUAUCGAUCGAGAGCCAGAAUACCGGUUCUCACUUAUCUUCAUCCGGUCAACGAUUGCACUAUUACUCGUUCAUCUCAGCCACUUGUUGGGGUCAGAGGAAAUAGGAGUAUUCAGGAUGAAAAGCUCGUUGCAGCUAUCUUCAACACUACCAGGGCUGAACGACCACUAUCUGCCUAUAACUCUCCGCCGCCGGAAAGGGAGGAUUCUGGAUCUAGUAAAGAUACCAACUGCGCCGUGGUUCUGGAUAGUGAUAUCUCGCAAGCAGACGCCGAGGCCGUUGAAGAUGCCAUCAUUUCCAGGUUUCGCGGAGACGACGAUGCGCCAGAUGGCUCAGAAGACAGAAGGCCCAUGGUUUACGGAGCACAACAGCGAAACAUGAUUGUGGAUGCUCGUCCCACCAUCAAUGCCCUGGUCAUGCAGACGCAAGGCAUGGGCUCCGAGGAUAUGAGCAACUACAAAUUUGCUACCAAGGCAUAUUUGGGAAUCGACAAUGUUCAUGUCAUGCGAGAUAGUCUUCAGAAAGUCAUCGAUGCGUUCAAGGAUUCUGACCUGACUCCAUUGGGUCCGAACCAGGAGUUGCUGCAGAAGAGCAAUUGGCUGAAACAUAUUGGCCUUAUUCUGGAUGGCUCGGGAUUGAUUGCUCGACAGGUGGGGUUGCAACACAGCCAUGUCUUGAUCCAUUGCAGUGAUGGUUGGGACAGAACUAGUCAGUUGUCGUCUCUCAGCCAGAUAUGUCUUGACCCGUACUACCGCACGAUGGAGGGCUUCAUGGUUCUGGUCGAAAAAGAUUGGCUGAGCUUCGGCCACAUGUUCAAACAUCGUUCGGGAUUCCUGAAUUCGGAAAAGUGGUUUCAGAUCGAGAAUGAGCGAAUCAGCAGAGGGGUUGAGGAUGUGGACGGCAAGGAAGAGAAGAGCGGCCCCAUGGCAACUUUCGAAAAUGCAUUCCUCACUGCGAAGGGGUUCUUUUCCAACGCCAAGAACAACGAAUCAAGAGAGUCGAUCAAUGUGGACUCGGACGCGGACAUGCCUGGUAACUAUGAUUCGGAGUCUCAACCAGGAAGACGGAUCGUAUCUGGGGCUGGGAAGAAGGAGAAAGAGAAGCCGGUCACCAAGGUCAAGGAGACGUCCCCAGUCUUCCACCAAUUUCUGGAUGCAACAUAUCAGUUGCUGUACCAAUAUCCCACCCGAUUCGAGUUCACGGAACGAUUCCUUCGACGUCUCCUCUUCCAUUUGUAUUCCUGCCAGUACGGAACAUUCCUGGGCGACAACGAAAAGGAACGCAAAGAAGCUCGACUCAGUGAGCGCACACGAAGUGUAUGGGAUUAUUUUCUCGCCCGCAAGCAAGAGUUUCUCAACCCAAAAUACGAUCCCGUCAUCGACGACAACAUUCGUGGCAAAGAACGCCUGAUCUUCCCCAAGCCCGACGAGGUGCGAUGGUGGAACGAACUGUUUGGCCGCACGGACGAUGAAAUGAACGCCAAGCCCCAACCUCUUGUCAAGCCACAAACUAAUGGUGCAAGUGAAGGGGGUGGGACUGAGCUGUGGACAUCUCUCUCGGACGCUGGUGGGUCACAAGCUGACUACUCAUCCUCUGUGUCGGCGCCUGUGUCCAGGGCUAGGACCCCUGUGCUUGUAGGGCUGGAGACGAGCGAGGCGAGUGUCGGGUUGACUAGUUCUCUUUCUGCAAAGUUGCAUCCCAAGCUGCAAGAACCGACGACGGAUAGGGCGAGGAUGCCUGCGCCCUCUGGGUCUACGCUUGACCUAUCGCGAUCGGGAUCUCGGGCGGCAUCGCCAAUGCCGAGAGAAUCGUUUUCGAGAUCAAGAACACCUAUCCCCAUGGCUUCAUCGCCGAAACCCGAGUUGAGGAGUUCCAAGGGCCCGCAGGAUGAGCUCAUGAUGAAGAAAGACCGUGACGACGACGUGAAAACGAGCGACCGCCUCCGAGCCGUUAAGGACGACUCGGCAGCUCCGAAUAUUCUUUCUACUUCAGACCAAAGCACGGUCAUGAUCCACCAUUUCCCUCACGGGCAGCAAGCACAAGCAGCCCCACUGCCGGCCAGUCCGAGCAUGUCCCCCACCAUCAAACCGCAGGAGUCGGGUCAAGAUAGAGAGAGACAGAUAGAAGAACCCCCAAAGCAAGACCAAGACACGGACGGGAAAAGAGAGGCCGAAAAGGACAGUUCUACCGGCGAGACCAGAGAUCCGGCAGAGCCGCUGGUAGACGAUCUAGAUCCCCUAGGUAUCGGUGAGGCCAAGGACAUCCCGAUGGCGCAGCAGAGUCUGUCGAUGUCCAUGCGGGCGAAGAGAAGAGAGCAGAUGGAGUUGUUGAUGAAGUGACGUUGCCAAUGACCGGAAUGCUUGGUGGCCCUUCUUGGUUAUCUGGGACGGGGAGGAUCGGGGCUGGGACUUGGGGGGCAAAGUCUCGAGAACAUACAUGGCGUUAUGGUUUUCAAGACGGAUGAGCGCUGGUUUGCAUGGAUCUGACAUGCAGUGGGAGUGUUUUCUGUUCCAAAGACAAGGCGCCACAGCACAGAAUGGCUUUGCGAGAGAGGCGAGGAGAGCAGACUGUCUUAGCAAAUGUGACAAACAAGCUGUUCUCAGUCCAACGCAAGCAAGGGCCCCCUUUCCGCCAGCACCAAAUCCGGAAUGAUUUCUCUCGUAGGGACGGCCAGGGUAUCUUGCUGGCUUGAAAGUCUUGGGGUUUUUGCCCUGCUGAUCGAAGUGAAGGGCGGAUUGGUUGAGGGAGUGGCUCUGCCGGCGGC